AAAGACUAUAGCGGGGCGGAAGACCAAAAGAGUACAGUCGAGAGACAGAGCAGGGGAGAGCGAGAGAAAUAAAAUGACAUCUCGCCUUCUUUAUUCCCUUUUGGUGGUUGUUUGAUUCGUUUAUCAAGACGGAGCAAAAAUUCGAUCAAGGUUCGCACGGAGGUCUCCGGUGUUUCUUUUCAUCGGUUUUUUCGACCCUUGGUGCGGCGGUAUUUGGACAAGAAGCAAUGGCUCCAAAGGUUAUGGUCCCUCAACAGCCUAGAGGUAACGCAGUAGCUGCCGGUAAGCAGAAGGCAGCAAUAGCGGAUGGGAAAAAUCGCCGAGCUUUAGGUGACAUCGGCAAUGUGGUAGAUGCCCGCUGUGCUGCGGAAGGGAAACCCCAAUUACCACAAGUUUCACGCCCCAUCACAAGGAGCUUUGGUGCUCAACUUCUUGCAAAAGCACAAGCAGCAGCAGCAAACAAGAAGCCUUUGCCAGCAGUACCACCAGUGGCUCAAGAGGGGAAGGCAGUCAGAAAGAAAGUAACUGCAAAAGUGAAAGUAGAGGAGGUGAUAGAGAAAAGCCCUCGCGCUAAGAAAGAAAGCAAAGGGAACCCAGAAACUAAAAAUAGUUCAAGAGAGGCUUCCUCCAAGAAAAAAGUUACCCUUACUUCUGUCCUCACAAGCAGGAGCAAAUAUGCUUGUGGGCUGUCUGGAAAACCAAAAGAAAGCGAUCACGACAUCGACAGCGCAGAUGCCGAGGAUCAGUUGGCCGUUGCUGAGUAUGUGGAAGAUAUAUACAAAUUUUAUAAACUUGCAGAGGUUUCAAUUCAAAUUCAUGACUAUAUGGACUCACAAUAUGAAAUAAACUCAAAGAUGAGAGCGAUACUGGUGGACUGGCUGAUUGAAGUUCAUUCGAGGUUUGAGCUAAUGCCCGAAACUCUCUACCUUGCAGUGCACAUUGUAGAUAGAUACCUUUCAACCAGAAGCUGCUGUAGAAGAGAUCUGCAAUUAGCCGGGAUGACAGCAAUGCUCAUAGCCUGCAAGUACGAAGAAAUUUGGGCACCUGAGGUCAAUGAUUUUGUAUGCAUAUCGGACAGAGCAUACAACAGAGAGCAAAUCCUCGUAAUGGAAAAGUCUAUUCUUAACCAUCUAGAGUGGAGCCUCACAGUGCCUACAGCUUACGUUUUCUUGCUCCGGUUCCUUAAGGCAGCUGCUUCAGAUAAGGAGAUGGAGAAUUUGGUGUUUUUCUUUGCUGAAAUGAGCCUGGUUGAGUACUGCAUGAUAGCCUACUGCCCAUCAAUUCUAGCUGCUUCUGCUGUCUAUGCCGCUCGCUGCACGCUCCACAGGACACCUUUAUGGACAGAGACUCUCAAGAGGCACACCUCCUACCCAGAGCAGCAGCUUAGAGAGUGUGCUAGCCGCAUGGUCCACUUCCAUGCAACGGCUGCAGAUAGCAAGCUAAAAGUUGUUUUCAGCAAGUACUCGAGUCCCCAGCUCGGCUCUGUCGCUCUCCUCCCUCCUGCGACCAACCUCCUGCUUUCAGACAGCAGGAGAGAUACUGCCUCCUGAUCGAUCAUCCGGCAUUCUUUUCUACAUUAUCUCUUUUGUCCGUGGGACGUCUCUGUCCCUUCUUCCCCCCUUCCUAUCGGCUGGCGUUAUUUAAUUUCCUGGUGUGGAUGAUGGGGAUUGGGUUACUCAUGUCUCACCAGUACAUGACGUAUUUCAUUUGAUUGACCAGUGUGUUGCUUUUAAUACAUAUGAAGGAAGUUGUGUGAUAUCUGAUCACAUGUAUGUACAUGCAACGUUUUUUUUUAUGGAUUAAUUCAAGUUGAUUUUUUAUCA